CUGGAAUGUGAUGUCCUCCUGGCUGAUUUGGACCCUAAUAUUGGGAUUCCCAACCAAGAGAACUAUUUAGGCUUCUUACUUUGUAAACUUUAUGAUAUUGUAAAGCGUGAUGUUGUGUGAACGUAGUCAAUAAGUUGCAUUUAAUCAAAUAAAUAAACUAUUUGCAUUAGUGUGUUAUAUAGUCUGGUUGAGGGUUAAGCCUAUCUAGUCUGUCAUGAAGAAUACAAACUAGUGAAUUUCUGAAUGAUUGAUCGAGUAAAGUUGGAUUUAGCCUAUGAUCUGUCAAGAAAAUGCAACAGAAAAACCUUUAUUACAUUGUAUCAACAUUAUGAAAAAAUGCUUCGGUGUGCUGCUAUGAGUUCAGUGGCUACUUAAUAACCAGUGUCAGCCAAAUUGCCUCCUUGGCGACUGCGUGCGCGUGUCUAUCAACAUCGUACAAGGACUGUUUGUUGUCCGGUGCCCGGCGACGUCACGGAAUUUGAGAGCGCGACAGUGCGCCCUAGGACUCAAAUACUGUGGCAUGUUAACCGACGUGAGUUUCCCUGAUCCGACUCUUGUUUGGAGCUCGUCUCUCUUGCAUUGGAAUAGUACAAGGGAUAAGGAAAAUAAUCAGAAUCUAUGAUCUCGGUCCCUUUGAUGAAAACAGUCCCCUUUUACCCUCUGACUUCAUGAUCCAAUUGGGUAUAGAUAGUCUAUUCGCCAGAGAUGUCCACCGCUGCAACUCCAACCACCCCCUCUCAGUUAACAUCGGAUCAACUCACGGUCAUUGUGGCAGCAUUUUCAGGUCUGGUGUUCUUUGUGGUGAUCGUGGUGCUGCUGUCCAUAUACAGGAAAGAACCUCACUGCUGCAAGGACACCCAUGGAGACAUGUCACUGUUCCCUCUGUCCUCCUGCAGGAUGCCCCUCCUCAGUACUACAGCAGCAGACAGACACUGGUGGGAAACCCCUGUCUGGAACAGACUCAUGACAUCAUACACGACAACACACACUCACAGCUGUCUGCGUCUUCUCUCCAUCAGUCAGGGCAGCUGUUCCUUAUCGGCCUGCCCUCCAGCUACCGCCUACCCUCCCUGGAGGCGCCCCUCCCCAGGCUGCCCUCCUACGAGAGUGUCAGGAAGAAGGACCGCCAGAGACAGAUACACAUGAUGAUCGCUGACCGUUUCGGCCUCAACGGCUCCAUGCUGACUGAGCCCCCUCCAACGUAUGAGGAGAGCAUCCGCCACUCCAUUGAAGUGCCCUUUGACAUUCUGGGGUCUGUAAUAGACGCCCCUCAUCCCCAGGACAUUUACCCUCCGCACCCUGGCACAGACCUUACCACUCAGUCAGAGCGUAACCACUCAGUGCCCGUCCACUCAGGAUACCAACAGUGCCACCCUACCAGUCUGAAUCCUCAGACUCGCUACUGACACACGAUGACAAGGACAACUGGAGUAUUGAUGCUUUUUAUCCACCUUGAUGUGCCAAACUGGUCAGAGGAUAACAGACAGUGGAAAUGCACACAUUCUCAAUAGGUUGAAUCCGAUCCAGCAGCCAAUGUGUUGACUGUACUGUAGGAACACCCUGCAGUGACAGUAUGCUGGAAGAUAGUGACCAAAGAUAGUGAAAUUCUACAUUGCGGGUUACUCCAUACUGACAAACUUGAAUGUCUAAACACCUCGUCAGUUGUGAUUUUAAACUGGAGCCUAAAUAAGAUUGGUGAACUGGGAAGACUUGGAUUGCCAGGAAACCGUCCUGUAGAUGACCAUGACUAUAUGUGUCUGAGGUGGCAGGUUCUAAUGCCAAAGUUAACUGUAAGAGGAGACAGGCCAGGUAGAAAGACACUCCAUGGCAAAUGUGCUGCUGAAAAACAAAGACCAUUUUGCUGUGAACAGUAAAAGCACCAAAAAGGGAAGAACGAUCCUUAGAUUUAAAAAAAAUGUUUCUCAUAUUUUCUACAUUUGAUCAUGGUACCCCCUUUUGAUCAUUUUAUGGAUUAAAGUAAUCUGGAUUAUUGUUUUUGGGGGAACUGUGUUGUAGCAAGUCCUUUUCUGAGUAAAACCACUCUCCUCUUUUAGUGCAAUGUCUGAGCCAAAAACGUAUAAGCGUGAGUUGUAAAAUGCUCCUAUGUCCUACCCUGCUGAGCUUGGGUUGUACAGCUGAGCCAGCUACAACUUGUGUGUUAGUCUUGGAACCUGUGAAGAGUGAGUCAACAACACCAAACCUGUGUUGGCUCUGGUAAUGGGUCUUAAAGGCCCAAUGCAGCCGUUUUUAUAUCAAAUCAUUUAUGGGUAACAAUAAUGUACCUUACUGUAAUGGUUUUCCAUUAAAAUGAUCAAAAUGUUUUUUGUUGUUGCUUUUAAGCGUUUUAAGCGUUAAACGUUUUAACAAACAAGAAUUGUGGUCUGAGUGGGGAGGAGAAAAGGGAAAACUAGUUGUUAUUGUUAUAGAGGUUUGGAACUCUUUGUUAUUAAUCUAUUAACUCAUUUACCACCUGGUGAUGUCACCAGGCAAGCCAAAACUCCACCCAUGAAAAACCUGCUGUUUUGAAGGUCCAAUGUAGAAUGUAUUUUCAACCAGGAAAUAAUACUGAUCAAAUCUUGUUAGUUUCAUCAGCUGUUGUACAAUAUGAUGCAAAACACAGAAAACUGAAUUUUGACUGCACAGGGCCUUUAAGAUACAAUUCAGCAUUGGGAUUCUGGGAAGCGUUAACUAAGUAGCUAGCUUUGUUUAUUCAAGAGCUCUGUGAACAGUGAAUGAGAAUAGUUGUGUAAAAAGCUUCUUUUUUUGUUGAUUAACUGGGCUGCCUGUCUUAACAGUCCCUGCACAAGCUUGAGAAGAAACCAGUAUGAAUGACAAGAAAAAUUAUGUAACAUUUCCCUCACAUCAUGUCUAAAACAAAAGUAUGAGGUUUCAGCAGCCGUUAGCAAGUAGAGACAAGUCUAUUCAAAAGACAGCAAUUGUGAAAUACUUGUAUGUUUAUACAAGUGUAAGAGUGAGAAUUGGAGUUGAUGAUCAUUUAUAGACCUGUGUCUAUAAAUUCCUGUCUGUCAUGUAAACUAAUUGAGAUGGUGGUGGCUUCUAGAUAAAGACAUUUAAAACAUA